AUGGUUGAUGAUAAAAGUAACAGGUCUGGAAACGCCCGUGCGACCUCUCGUGCACCAGUUGUGCCAAACAUCAGCUCGAAGCGAUUGCAUAUCGUUAUCGCUGGACUGUGGCUUUGUCUUUUCUUAUCAGCUUUGGACACCACUAUCGUAACGACCGCACUUAUCAAGAUUUCGAGCGACCUCGAUUCCCUUGAGCAGGCAGCAUGGCUCAUCACAGCAUAUCUCUUAACCUAUAACUCAUUCUUGAUGAUCACUGCUAAGUUGAGCGAUAUCUGGGGUCUCAGGACCCUCCUCUUACUUUGCGCAUCGGUAUUCCUGAUAUUUUCUAUGGCUUGCGGAGGGGCGCAAACCAUGACCCAGCUUAUCGUCUUCCGCGCCUUCCAGGGCAUCGGAGGAUCCGGUCUUUAUAGCUUGACAUUCGUAUCCAUCAUGAAGAUGAUUGUACCCGAGAAGAUUGGCUUCUACUCUGGCAUCGUAAGCUCAGUAUUUGCUUUGGCAAAUCUGCUAGGUCCUCUACUCGGUGGAAUGAUCGCUGAUCGAACGACCUGGAGAUGGAUAUUUUUCAUCAAUGGUCCCGUAAUCGGUAUCGCAAUGGUCAUGCUGUUCUACUCGAUGCCUGCAUUCGAUGACGGUAGAACGAAUCUACAACGGAUACGCCAACUGGAUAUCUAUGGGGGCAUCAUGUCGGUUUGCUGGCCCAUACCACUCAUAUUUGCCCUACAAGAAGCUGGUGUGUCGCAUACCUGGGGCAGUGGUAUUAUCAUUGGACCGUUGGUAGCUGGAGUUGCUCUCUUAGUGCUUUUUGGCUUGUAUGAGUCGUGGAUACAGUCCCGGACGCAGAAAGCUCCUAUCUUCCCCAUACAAUUUCUUCGAAAUGCGCCUAUGGCGUUGACCUUAUUAAGCCAGUUUCUUUUGGGUUUCGCCUUUUACGUCGUCUUCGUUCAGCUUCCCCAGCGCUUCCAGGGCGUGAACUUCACAAGCGCCGAGCGUGCUGGCAUCCUCUUGCUUCCUGCUACCGUCGUAACCCCGAUUGGCGCCAUGGCAUCUGGAUUAGCAGUGAAGUCGGUGUCUGUCGAGAUCGUUCUGGUCUGUUCAACGGCAAUUGUAUGUAUUGGAAUGGGGCUUCUUGGUAGUUUGCCGACGUAUAUCCACCUAUGGCCAGGACUUUAUGGCUACGAGGUUAUCACUGGUCUUGCUUUGGGUCUUGCGAGCCCGCCAUAUUUUGUGCUUGUCGCUACCUCAAUUCAAGAAAAGGACAUUGCUGUCGGUACUGGUACUCUGAACAUGGUGCGCACGCUCGGGGGUUGUGUCGCCGUCGCCAUUUGCUCUGCAAUACAUCGCGAGCACUUGGACAAAGGACUUUCUGGUUUUCUGAGUCGCGAAGAACUCAGCGAAAUGCAACGCUCGACCUCAAUGGUUGCGCGGUUACCGGACGCUGUGAGAGACCGUGUUGGUGUAGUCUUUGGUGAUAGCUACAAUAAACAGUUCCAAGUCAUGAUCGCCUUCACUGGGCUCAACGUGAUCGUCGCAGUCAUCUUGGCUACAGUGAGAAAGAGAUCAGGCUUGUUUGGUCUUCCACCAAGGAGGGAAGAAGGCAAUGAAUUCAUGGAGAUUAACAACGGCCAGAUCGAGGCCGCAACAAGCGGAGGGCCAGCUCAAGAGCCUAAUGGAAAGCAGACCCCCGAAGUAGGCGACUAA